UGGCCCGCCCGGAGGUGGAGUUUGCAGAAUUUGCAUCUGGGGACGGCGCGGCCGGUGGCCUGCGUGGCCAGCUAGCAGAAUGCCCCCUUCGAUACCUGCUGGGGAGCUGGGUUGGCCCCUGCAAGGAGAGCCGUUUGCUCGCAGGGACACUUGCAGAAAGCAGCACUCGGGGCGACCAGGGCGUGCAAAGUGACAGCCGGCUUCCUGCGUCCCGGGCUCUGAGGCACAGCUGUUGGCUUAGACUUCUGAUCACACCGCCUGAAGGCCGUCCACGGGGCUGUGACUGCCGCCGCUGCCACAGGUCUUCGACUGGACCGGGUGAGGCCCACCCAGAUUACGAGGCUGAUCUCCACCAUUCGACGGACCGCGGGCUCUGACCGCCCCUCUGCCACGCCUGCGCAGCACACCUGUGUCCGACUGCACGCACGCCUGGAGCCGCGGCCAAGCCCUGCGGACACAGGACGCUGACGGCCCCGGUCCCUCUCCCAGGUCCCCCGGGGGCCCCCCGCCGGCCGCGACCAUGGACAUGAACAUGACGGGCCCGGACAACGCGACGCUGCAGAUGCUGCGGAACCCGGCGAUCGCCGUGGCGCUGCCCGUGGUGUACUCGCUGGUGGCGCUCGUCAGCAUCCCGGGCAACCUGUUCUCGCUGUGGGUGCUGUGCCGCCACAUCGGGCCCAAGUCGCCGUCCGUCAUCUUCAUGAUCAACCUGAGCGUCACGGACCUCAUGCUGGCCAGCGUGCUGCCGUUCCAGAUCUACUACCACUUCAACCGCAACCACUGGGUGUUCGGCGUCCUGCUGUGCAACGUGGUCACCGUGGCUUUCUACGCCAACAUGUACUCCAGCAUCCUGACCAUGACGUGCAUCAGCGUGGAGCGCUUCCUGGGCGUCGUGUACCCGCUGAGCGCCGCGCGCUGGCGCCGCCGCCGGUACGCGCUGGCCGCGUGCGCGGGCGCCUGGCUGCUGCUGCUGGCCGCGCUGUCCCCGCUGGCGCGCACCGACCUCACCUACGCCGUGGACGACCUGGGCAUCGUCACCUGCUUCGACGUGCUCAAGCGGACCAUGCUGCCCAGCGUGGCCAUGUGGGCCGUGUUCCUGUUCACCAUCUUCGUGCUCCUCUUCCUCAUCCCCUUCGUGGUCACCGUGGCCUGCUACACGGCCACCAUCCUCAAACUGCUGCGCAGCGCCGAGGGCCACACCCGCGGGCAGCGGCGGCGCUCCGUGUGCCUGGCCGCCGUGGUGCUGCUAGCCUUCGUCACCUGCUUCGCCCCCAACAACUUCGUGCUGCUGGCGCACAUGGUCAGCCGGCUCUUCUACGGCGGCAGCUACUACCACGUGUACAAGCUCACCCUGUGCCUCAGCUGCGUCAACAACUGCCUGGACCCCUUCGUGUACUACUUCGCGUCGCGCGAGUUCCAGCUGCGCCUGCGGGACUACCUGGGCUACGGCCGGCUGCCCACCGACAGCCAGGACGCGCGCCGUGACAGCCUCUUCUCCGCGCGCACCGUGUCGGCGCGCUCCGCGUCCUGCGCCCCGGAUGACCGGCCGGACGCGGCGGGCAGGCCCGGCCCGGGGCGGCGCGAGAGCGAGUUCUGA